AUGAAACGCCUCACUGUUGGUGUUGUUGCCUUAAUGGUUUUAGCCGUGAUGAUGAUGAUGAACUGCCAAAGUCAUACUUCUGCUCUUCCAAUCCCAAAGCAAUUACCAUCAAAUGUUCUUGCUUUUGUUGAAGGUUUUUUACUUGGUAUUGAAGCCGAUGUGGGAAAUGUUACCAGUUGCACCAAAGAUGCAAAAAUUACAUUGAAUGAUUUUGAAAAUGCGUUUUACUCGUUGGAGUACGGAUUUAAGAAGAUGAACCCUCAAUUGAUUGAAACAGGUCUGAAAGAACUCGCCGCAGGAAUUGAGGAGAUUAAACAAGGCAUUGAAGAUUGCAACGUUAAAGGAAUUAUUAAGCAAAUCGAGUCUCUCAUUGCUCAACUUAAAUCGGGCACUCUAGGUAUCAUCAAAGUCCUUGUGCAUGAGACCAUUAAUAUUUUCCAUAACAGCGAGAAUCUUACAAAUGAAUUCAAAAACGCCAUUCAGUAUUGGAAGGACAAGAAAUACGAGCUGUGUGGUGUGCAAGUUGGAAUGAUCGUUGGAGUUUUGCUUGAAUAG